GUUUGUUUCUUUUUCCUGAAACUCUUCAUUUUGCAUUAAAGUGGUAAAUGCACCAGAUGAUUCUAUGGUGGAGUUAAGCUUCUUUUCAUACAUGUAUAUAAAUUAAACAAUUGCAAAUGGAGAACUUAGAAAAGGACCAUUCAUAUUUUGGAAAUCCACAGCAGCCAGCGACCUCAGCUGAGGAAUAUGGAGUUCCAGAAGUUGUUGUCACACGCCGUUUGAGAGACCGAGAGCUUCUCAGGAAAAGGAAAGCAGAAGCAGAGGAAAAAGACACUCACCAGUGGGUUCUGGGGGAUCAGAAAAAGAGCAAACCAUCCCGAAGGGGAAGAGGGUCCAGGAGAGGCCGAGGCCAGCGCCAGGCUCUAGAACCACAGGAAGAGCCACAGCCAGAGGGGGCAGAGAAGCCUGAGGUACAGGUGACCAAGGUGGAGGAGAAAGCCGAGACCCCUCUGGAUCUCCAGGUGGAGUCUUCUAUCCCUUUUCUGGAAGCUGAAGAGCUAUAUACACAAAGGGAAGUAGCUGAGGCAAUCCCAGCGGGAAGUGCUCUUUUCUUCAUGGAGGAGGCAUCAAGAUCGGAAGAACCAGGAGAAAUCCCUCAGUCUGUGGAAAAUGACCAUUUGGAACAGCAGUUCUAUGGCUCUCUUUAAUUGGCAGUAAUUGUCACUGUUCAACUGUUAGAAUACAUGCUACCUGCUAUUCUUGUGUGAGCAAUAAAAGUCAGUGGCCUUUGCUGCUGUCAUCUUUC